AGUCAUUAGCAUACACUUUCGUACUCAAGCCAAGCAACAUGGUCAACUUUGAGCAAGCCAGCGAACUCGCCAAGAACUUCUCCAAGAAGCCCACCGACUCCGAAUUCUUGGAGUUCUACGGUCUCUACAAGCAGGCUACUGCCGGCGAUGUCAACAUUGAGAAGCCCGGCGUUCUGGAUCUGAAGAAGAAGGCCAUGUACGAGGCAUGGACCAAGCACCAGGGUAUGUCCAAGGAGGCUGCCAAGGAGGCCUACAUCAAGGUCUACGAGAAGUAUGCUCCCAAAUACGCCUAAUAAGGAACAGCAACAGUAUAAAUAAAAAAAUAUAAAGCUCAA